AUGACUGCACCAAGUAUUUCUCCAAUGGAGUCUGUCACUUCAUCAUCAACUCAAUCUUCGACCUCUCGCAACGCAUCAUCUUCGAGCUCGAUACAUCCUAAUCUCGCAAGAUCAAGCAGCUACAGCCACGUCUUUCCUUCUCACCAAAACCUCAUCAACCCUUCAGAUCCUAUUCGUCUCUCAGAGGACACAAAAGCCCUCGCCCGACGAUUACUACAAUCCAAUCCAACUCAUCCUGCUUUGAAAGAUGAACGCACUCUCCUAUUCUCCAGCGGAUUACAAUGGCUUCUCGACACAGCCACCGAAGCAGAGAAAGCAUCGCCCAGAUCAGUCAGACAAUCUACCCGCGUGUCUCCAUUGACAGAAGAAGCUGUACGGAAACUUGACAAACAUGGCAGACACUGUCGUGUUAAGGAAGUUCGAGAUACAAGGAGCAUGAACAGCUCAGAGGUUGACCGGGCACGGAUUAAUGCUUGGGUUUCCGAGACAGAUGCUGCUCCUUGA